AUGAGUUGUUUUAAUAGUGUAGGCUUAUGUGAAAUAAGCAUGGUAUGUUAUACGUUUUUUCAUUUGAUGGUCCAAUGGUUACUAAGAUUUGUAGAUUUGGUCUAGAGCAUCUAGCAGUCCUCACCUGUAUGUUGUAGCCGUGUCUCCUCUGUUUAGCGCAGUGGUUCGUUCCGCAGACAGACUGUAACCUCCCCUCCCUGAGUCAGAUUUAUCUCAACUCCCAGGAAAUACAGCAGCGACGAUUGAAGUGUGAAAGCUGCCGAUCAACAAACUAUGCCUGAAAGUGGACGCUAUUAAACAAGAGGGAGCAGUAACUGGGAAGAAGCAUCGAGUUGUCUGGAAUUUUCUCCCUCAGUCCUCUUCCAAUGGUUCAUUGGUUGAGGCCAUGGCCUCUCAGUCAGGAAGAAAGAAAAGCGUACAAGUUUGGAACAACAUGAGGCAACAUGAACCGUGAAGACCGGAAUAUGCUCCGUAUGAAAGAAAGGGAAAGGAGAAAUCAAGAAAUCCAGCAGGGAGGAGAGGCCUUUCCAGCUAACUCUCCCCUCUUUCCUGAACCUUAUAAAUCCUGCAAGGAAGAUAAACUCUCAAGUCGCAUCCAGAGCAUGCUAGGAAAUUACGACGAGAUGAAGGAAACCAUCGGCGAACCCCCAAUGUCUAAACUCAUUCCCAAAGCCUCCGGCUCCUCCUCGGACGAUAAAUCCGGCCAGUACAACGACCAGCGCGGAGGCGCCCAGAGUCAGAACAGUAAAUGGACUCCUGUCGGCGGCAUCUCCACCUCGUCCUGCUCGUCCUCCUCAACGUCGUCCUCCUCGCAGAAGCGCUCGUCCGUGCAGGGCAGCCACGGCAGCAGUCAGCGUGGCAGCUCGAGCAGCGGCGGUCAACGGCACGAGCGAGACUACAGCAGCAGCAAGAAGUCCAGCAAGCACGGCUCCGAGCACAAAUCCCACUCCAGCCCGGCCAAGGGCUCCAUGAGCUCCGGCGGACACUCGCGCAGCCGCACCAAGUCGCCCAGGGACCGAGACGCCAACUGGGACUCGCCAUCAAGAGUUCAUUCCUUCUCCAGCGGGCAGCAUCCCAGCCAGAGCUUCCCGCCGUCGCUCAUUAAACCCGGCUCCAUGCUCCAAAAGCCCACCGCCUAUGUGCGGCCCAUGGACGGCCAGGAAUCGGCCGAGCCCAAGACCUCCUCAGAGUCGUACGGCAGCCAGUCGCACAGCAGUGCCGUGGGAGAAAUGAAGCCCAAUGGCAAGGCUUCCCUCACCAAGCUCAAGAUCCCGACGCAACCUGUCGACGUUCCAGCGGUAGCAGAUGCGAGCUGUGUUGAUGAAAUUUUAAAGGAAAUGACUCAGGUCUGGCCUCCUCCGCUAACAGCCAUUCACACGCCCUGCAAGACGGAACCGUCAAAAUUUCCCUUUUCCACCUCUAAGGAUGCCCAGCACCUGUCUUUUGGGGCCCAAAAAAAAGUCUCAGGAAAGAGUGCGUCUGCCAGUCACCCGUCUAAGCCAUACGACAACGACCAGUCCAACACGCUGCAUGAAGAUCUGAAGCUCAGCAGCAGCGAAGACAGUGACGGAGAGCAAGAUCCUGCCAAAAACGCCUCCAGAAACAACUCAACAAGUAACAACAGUAAUAACAGCGAGCCUGUUGAACCAGAGGACACAAGCAGUCACAGCGGUUCGGAAAGCAGCUCCGGGUCGGACAGCGAGAGCGAGAGCAGCUCUACAGACAGCGAGAAUAACGAACCACCUCGUCCUGCGUCACCAGAGCGGGAACAGCCCACGGCUAACAAAUGGCAGCUGGACAACUGGUUCAAGAAAGUCAACAAGUUGUCUCCAGCUUCUCCGGUGGAGAACAGCAGCACGACGCCAACAAAGUAUAAGAAAGAGGGGCGAGAAACCAGCAGGAUCUACAGCGGCCCGGGUUCAAAAGACGCGGCGCCCUCUGCCGGCCGAGACCUUCGGCCAAACCAGAAGGGGCAAGAAAGGCGAAGCCAGAAAUCUCCCGCUCAGAGCGAGGGUGAAAGCCAGAGCAGGCAACGAAAGUCGGUGGGCAAGAAGCAGCCUAAAAAGCCAGAGAAGCCGCCUGUGGUGGAGGAGCCCAAGGGUGGGCUCAAGGUGGAGACCGAACCCUCGCCCGAGAUCCCGUCGCACAGAGUCCGCGCGGCCAACAAGGGCCCCCGCAAGCCCAACAUCAAGAAGGAGCCCAAAACCUCCUCUCCUCGACCGGCGCAAGACAAGCGCAAGAAAACGGCCAGCAAGUCCCGGGAGUUCAUAGAAUCCGAUUCGUCGUCGUCGGACUCAGAAGGCAACGAAAGCGUCCCCUCUUCUUCACAGACUCCGAGAGAGCAGUAUGCCGAGAACACGUCCGUCCUGUUCUCACCCAUGCUUUCCCCCCUGAGUGACCAAGAAGGGAGGCUGCCGCCCAGACUGCUGGUGCAGAUCGACCUCAGUCUGCUGACCAGAGUGCCUGGACGAGUCUACAAGGAAGCAGAGGUGAAAGUGGAGAGGGACUCCCCUCCUGAAGUAAAAGACUUCCAGAAACAGCCGGGAGAAAAGGGACCCAGCAAAGGGAAAAGAAAACACAAGAAUGAUGACGAUGGUAUCAAACCAGACAGUAAGAAGUCCAAACAGGAUGAAAAGUCAUCGCACAAAUCAAGCAGUAAAGACUCGUCUAAGCGUGCUCAGGACAAAGAGAAGGAGUCUGCGCCCUCUCCCUCCAUUACGCUGCAGCGCACACCCAAAUCAGACCACCCGGGCCGCAAGCGGACGCUCAGCCAGUCCUCCGCCUCUGUACCCAGCAGCGCCAGCAGCAAAGACAGCAGCAAGAGCAGCUCCACCUCCAAACACCGCAAGGGCGACGACAAGCCCUUACGCAGGGAUGCCAAGGAGAAAAGCUCUAAAACGGAGAAUCCCGUUGCAGUGCCGCCUCUCUCUGAUGGCUCUAAAUCUAGAUCUAAGCUCAUGUUUGAGGACAGGGUUCAUUCAGCUGAUCAUUACCUUCAAGAAGCGAAGAAACUGAAACACAACGCGGAUGCUCUGAUGGACAGGUUUGAGAAGGCCGUGUACUACCUGGACGCUGUGGUGUCUUUCAUCGAGUGUGGAAACGCCCUGGAGAAAAGCGCCCAGGAGGCCAAAUCACCCUUCCCCAUGUACGCAGAAACCGUGGAACUCAUCAAGUACACUAUGAAGCUAAAGAGCUACAUGGCGCCGGACGCAACCUCUGCAGACAAAAGGCUAGCCGUGCUGUGCCUGAGGUGCCAAGCGCUCCUGUAUUUGAGGCUUUUCAAGCUACGCAAAGAAAGUGCACUGAAAUACUCUAAAACGCUCACUGAACACUUGAAGAAUUCACUGAGUAAUACUCAAGCCCCGUCUCCUGGAGUAGCAAACAAAACGGCGGGGAUGCCGUCUCCGGUCUCUCCUAAACUUUCCCCCGGCAGUGCGGGCAGCUACUCCUCCAGCAGCUCCAGCCAGAGCGCCAGCUCCUCCGUCACUAUUCCUCAGCGCAUCCACCAGAUGGCAGCCAGCUACGUCCAGGUCACAUCCAACUUCCUCUACGCCAUCGAGGUGUGGGACCAGGCUGAACAGCUCGCCAAAGAGCAGAGAGAGUUCUUCACCGAACUGGACAAGGCUAUGACCCCGCUCGUCUUCAACACCAGCAGCAUGACUGACCUGGUGCGAUUCACGCGGCAGGGCCUGCACUGGCUGCGACUGGACGCCAAGCUCAUACAGUAGAGCGGCCCUAUCCGCGCUCUAUCCGUAGCCCCCUCUAUGCCUACGCAAAACACUCACACACUCGAUCUGCCUCAGACAUCUCUGUGACACUGUGUUCAUUUCUACACCAGCUUGCCAAAAAUGGAAACACUCAGCGCCCCGCCCCUCCACCACAGACCCUAUGAAUAUUCACGAGAGGGGAGGCGGCCAGAACCGCACGUCUUGUCAGAGCGUCAUUAACACUGCAUCGUCCUGCUCAUAUCAUCGGCUUGUUUAGGUAAAACAAACAAAAAAAUGGGAAAAAAGAGAGCCUGGUUUCUUACUUUGACUGUCUUUUUUAUUUUCUGCUAGCUGUAAGCAAACAAGAAUAAUAAUUGGAUGUUUAUAGCUUUUUAUUUCAACCAAAGUACCUCCCUUUAACCAAAGGUGCUUUAAAAAUUUCUCCUUUUAUCAUUUUAUUGUGCCUUGUAUUUGAUAUACAGGAAACGAAGAGACACAAUAUCUUGAAAUACACACAUCUAGAAGGGUUCGACUUGUACGCAGGGUGUGGAUUGCCAAAGGCUUGUAAAAUGAGAAGCAGAAAGAACAACAUGCACUCAGCAGAUAAUGAAUGCAGUGCUGACUGAUCAAAUGUGCACGCAUGUUUCUUGUAUACCAGACCAAAAGACUGUUCGGCACCAUAUCAAGGCAUUAUUACUAAUCUGUUGGGGUUUUUUGUUUUGGUUUUUUGGGUCUUUUUUUGGCCUGGCUCAUCCACAGACGCCCGUCAUAUUUGUAAACGUCACUACGGCCAAGAUUUUUAUACGAAAUGUAGCGCUCGCAUAGGUGUCACUUUCUCGCUAUUGAUUUUCUGGUAUUAAACGCAGGAGUAUUUUAUUACCGCGGCUCAGCCUAAUAUAGAUUUUAUUUAGAUAACGGCAAAAUCGCUUCGUUCCAAGUUGCGUUUUCACUCUUGGGCAUGGAAACAGGGUUGCAAUACGAGAUGAGAGACGUAUUUCUAUUGUAUAUGAAAAUAUCAUAUUUAAAUAUUUAAUGUGAGUCUUGAGGUUGCCUUUAUAGUGUCAUAGUCACCCGUGUGUUGCAGUUCUUUUCAAAGAAAGCAGUCAUGUGAGGAUAUAUUUAUGUGUUCUGUUGAGAAUAGCAGUUUAUAAAUGUACAUAAUACAUAACGAUUUUAGCGCAGACCGGCCCGCAAUCCAUACUCGCAGUAAAUCGGAUCGAAACUUAGGAGGGAGGUGAAGUGAAAAGUCAGUUCGCCGUAUACGAAAUGCUGGAAACUCAGCGUCUCUUGCACUAGGAUCUUUCUUCUAAUUGGCUCCCAAACUGUUUUUUCUGUCUAUGCAGAUGUUUCAUAAUCGCAAGCUCGUUUGUGCGGAAGCUAACAAGGACUCCUGCCGAUUGAAAUUUUCAUCAGUUAAAACGGAAACUUCUAGAGGUUAAACAUUUAAUGGCUGGCGACUAGAUAUACAUCACAUCGUUUUGAUGUAGAGUUGCAGAAGUGUGGUCUGUUAAUUGUACUUUUAUGUAAAUUAAUUAAUGCACUAAUGUGGUUUAUAUACCAGAUUCACAAUGAUAAAGCAACUGCGUAUGAAUAUGGGUCAUCAAAAUGAUUUUCUCAUGGCCUUUUCGCUUCUCCAGACAUGAAGUUGUGUUGUGUCCUUUUUUUUUUUUUUUUUUUUUUUUUUCCCCCUUCUGUUUUUACUGUUUUUAUCUUUUCUACUAGUUCAUGAUAGUGCUUUUAGAGGUUUAGAUUGACUGAUUGAUUUAAAUCCAUCUUUAAUUUUCUUUAUGAUCAUAACUUUACCCAGGGUGAGAUGCUUGUUUGUUUUUUGUUUUUCUUUCAUCCAUUUGGAAAAUAACACUCGCAUGUUUCUAUUUAAAUACUAAGCUGUACAGAUGUACAUAAAAUUCUCUUUUAGGGUAAAUUUUUACAACGAUUUAACAUUUGUAUUAAUUGUAAAUAGAAUGUGAAUAUAUUAAAUGCACAUUUUCGUUACUGAAGUUUUUUGUUUUUCAACAGAACACUGUAUGUUAGUGAUGUCAGUACAGUUACGUUCAGAGUCCCUGUGCUAAAUGAACAUGGCUUUCUGUCAUUCAAAUGGUGAUGUUGGUCAAUGCUGUUGAAAUGGGCUAAAUGCAGAUCUGCCAUUAGUGACACAGGACUGCUGUCUGAACGUCAGGAGCGAGGAACGCCAUCGUUUCGAGCGGUUCUAGGUGUCUGUAUGUAGUACUCAUUUUCUAGUGAUCUCAAAACAAUCAUUGGCAAGCAGUAUAAAAUCAGUUUAGUUUUAAAAGUAUUGACAAGAAGAAAUCUACAUAUAUAUAUUCGUAUAUGGAUGCAAUAUGAUCUAUGAUUUAAAGGUACUCUUAUGAGCCUCGAUUAUCCAAACUUGUAAUAACUUGUAAUUUAAACACUUUUUUUUUUUUUUUUUUUGGUGAAGUGAGUAUUACUAAUGGAUUUUCUGAGUCUGUUGCGAAUCAUCUUUGUAUUUUGCUGUAUUGAGAAUAAAAUAUAUAUGAUUGAAAA